AUGAUCUCGCCAGUUCUGUUUAGUGCCUACGCCCUUGUGAGCGUAGUUGUCACGAUUAUCUUGAAUGUCGCUCGUCAGAUUCUCUUCCGUAACAAGAAUGAGCCUCCAAUGGUCUUUCACUGGCUCCCAUUCGUGGGCAGUACCAUCACUUACGGAAUGAACCCUUACAACUUCUUCUUCUCUUGCAGGGAAAAGUACGGCGACAUCUUCACCUUCGUGAUGCUCGGAAAGAAGACAACGGUGUAUCUGGGAAUCAAGGGCAACGACUUCAUCCUCAACGGAAAGCUCAAGGAUGUCAACGCAGAGGAGGUCUAUGGCCCACUCACGACGCCUGUUUUCGGAUCUGACGUUGUCUACGAUUGUCCCAAUUCCAAGCUCAUGGAGCAGAAGAAGUUCAUCAAAUUCGGCCUCACCCAAAGCGCACUCGAAUCGCAUGUCCAAUUGAUUGAAGCGGAAGUUCUGGACUACCUCAAGACAUCUCCACGGUUCAAGGGGAACUCGGGGGUGCUUGACGCACCGGCGGCCAUGGCUGAGCUUACCAUCUUCACUGCUGGUAGCGCACUUCAAGGGGAGGAAGUGCGCAAGAAGCUCACCACUGGAUUCGCUGACCUCUUCCACGACCUUGAACAGGGUUUUACUCCAAUCAACUUUAUCCUCCCAUGGGCACCGCUUCCGCAGAACCGCAAGCGUGACAUUGCUCACGCUCAGUUACGAGCAACAUACAUGGAUAUUAUCAAUGACCGACGCAAGAAAACCGAGCCACAAACUCCCGAUAUGCUUUGGAACCUCAUGAACUCUACGUACAAGAAUGGCACCCCUGUACCAGACAAGGAGAUUGCCCAUAUGAUGAUUACCCUUCUCAUGGCCGGCCAACACUCGUCUUCGUCAAUCAGUGCCUGGGUCCUGCUCAGGCUGGCGUCGGAACCUCGGAUUCUGGAAGAACUCUACCAAGAACAGCUCGACAACCUUAAACAUGAUAGCAAUGGGCAAUUUGAACCUCUACAGUACAAAGACCUUGAUCUUCUUCCAUUCCACAAGAGCGUCAUCAAAGAAACACUCCGAGUCCACCUGUCCAUUCACUCCAUUCUCCGCAAAGUGAAAAACCCAAUGCCAGUUCCCGGCACAUCCUACGUUGUCCCGGCUAGCCAUGUCCUUCUUGCCUCUCCCGGUGCGACUGCGCUCAGCGACGAGUACUUCCCCAACGCAAACGUCUGGAACCCACGCCGCUGGGAUAACCAACAAGCCGGCAAGGAAGAAGAAGAGGGUGGAGAGCUAAUUGACUACGGCUAUGGCGCGGUGUCAAAGGGCACGAACAACCCGUAUCUCCCGUUUGGCGGAGGUCGACACCGGUGUAUCGGCGAGAAGUUCGCAUAUGUCAAUCUUGGGGUCAUUGUCGCGACUAUUGUGCGCAACCUGAAGCUCUACAACGUGGGCGACAGGAAGGGCGUUCCUCCGACUGACUACUCGUCGAUGUUCUUGGGCGCCAUGCAGCCGGCUGUUGUUGGCUGGGAACGGCGUUUCCCUGAGAGUUCGUAG